UUAUGAAUAAAAGCCAAAGAAAAAAGAGGAGAAUUUUUUGAGAAAGAAAGAAGAAGAAAAAAUGGAAGCACUAGUGGUGAGGAAAUUGGGUGAUCCGACGACAAAAGAUUGGGAAUCAUCGCCCAUAGUAUUGAGCAAGGAGGAGGCAAUCCCAGCAUUUGAGUCUCCAACGGCGGUGAGGGUGAGGGUGAAAGCGACGAGCUUGAACUAUGCGAAUUACCUUCAGAUACAGGGUAUGUAUCAGGAGAAGCCUCCUCUGCCCUUCAUCCCUGGAUCCGAUUAUUCUGGAGUAGUCGAUGCUGUUGGUCCCAAGGUUUCCCAAUUCAAAGUGGGAGACCCGGUUUGUUCCUUUGCGGCUCUUGGCUCCUAUGCUCAGUUCAUCGUUACCGAGGAGUCACAACUGUUUCGCGUUCCAGAUGGGUGUGAUUUGGUGGGAGCUGGUGCACUUCCUGUAGCCUUUGGAACCUCACAUGUGGCUCUUGUCCACAGGGCUCAGCUCUCCUCUGGUCAGGUCUUGUUGGUUCUUGGGGCCGCUGGAGGGGUUGGUCUUGCUGCUCUUCAGAUUGGAAAGGUUUGCGGAGCCAUUGUUAUUGCCGUCGCUAGGGGUACUGAAAAGGUCCGUUUCUUGAAGUCAUUGGGUGUUGCUGAUCAUGUCGUUGACUUGAGCUCUCAAAACGUUACGGUUACCCAAAGUGUGAAGGACUUCCUCAAGUCCAGAAACCUCAAAGGGGUUGAUGUUUUGUACGAUCCAGUGGGAGGCAAGCUUGCUAAAGAAACCAUGAGGCUUUUGAAUUGGGGUGCCCACAUUCUUGUCAUUGGCUUUGCUAGCGGUGAGGUCCCUGUCAUCCCUGCUAACAUCGCCCUCGUCAAGAAUUGGACAGUGCAUGGACUUUACUGGGGUAGCUACAAAAUUCAUCGACCGCGUGUUCUUGAAGAUUCUGUUAGGGAGCUACUCUCAUGGAUGGCAAGAGGCUUGAUUACCAUCCACAUUUCUCAUACUUACAACCUGUCUGAGGCCAACCUCGCCUUUUCUGCUAUCAAAGAUAGGAAAGUGGUUGGGAAGGUGAUGCUUGUUCUUGAUGACAAGAGUAAUGUCAGAUCUAAGCUUUAACUUGAUCAAGAUUCAGCAGGGAUGGUGUGGAGAUGGAGAGCUAUCCUUGGCACUUGAAUGUCAGAAACUCUACCUUUUCAUAACUUAUGACCAAUAAUACAUGGUGUCUUUUGUAAUUUCGUGAAGAAACAAACCCAAGGCCUAUUGACAAUAUAUAAAUCAAUAUAAACAUGCAAGUCUUGGGCAAAUAAAUGGCUUACGUUUUUUUUUUUUUUUUUUUUUAAUAUUAUAUUAUAAAUAGGAAAGUCAUCUUCAGUUGGGUUUCUAAUCAUUCCAAACCAAUUGGUGAUUGCGCAAAUAGAGGGGUAAUGUGGGGGUAAUGUGUGAAAUCUAUAUAAGUAUUGAUUGUUGCUACACUUCUGUUGACUUACAUCAACAUAGCAUUUUGGUCUGAUCGAUCAUGUUCGGUCCACUCAGUGAUGCUCUGGGAUGAGAGGUUUGUGUAGAAAGAGAAGUUGUCUCAUUAUUAAUUAUGUCACAUUAUCAGCGCAAGAUUACAUUUUUCUUAUGUUAUUAAAGACUUGUAUUUUUAUUUUUAUUUUUAUUUU